AUGGCUCCUUUGAUGGCUGACAAUGAAGACGUCAAGGCGACGAGCGCCACCCCCUCACUACCCAAUAAUGUCAGUGGCACCAGUCAAGAGCGGCAUCGAUACUUCAGUCCUUAUAUAUCAGAGCGAGCGGUCGAUAAGCCACGUCCUCUCAAAGUCAUAUACAUCGGCGCCGGUAUCUCAGGAAUUUUAGCUGCCAUCAAAUUCCGCCAAGCUGUGCCUAAUCUAGAUUUGACGAUCUACGAGAAGAACCCUGAGCUCGGAGGAACCUGGUACGAGAACAACUAUCCUGGUUGCGCUUGUGAUGUGCCAUCCCACAGCUACCAGUUGAGCUUCGAAUCAUGGACGGGAUGGAGCCAUUUCUUCUCUGGUGCUGAUGAGAUAUUGGAAUACUGGAAGCGAGUGGCGCAGAAGUAUGACGUGCGAAAGGAUAUCAAAUUCGAAAACCGAUGUGUGGGCGCUCGCUGGAAUGACGCGGUAGGAAAGUGGUUCGUGCAGAUCUUGGACGAGACGGAUCCGAAUGGACGGACAUUUGAGGAUUCUGCGGACGUACUCAUGACUGGUACUGGGAUGCUGAAUGAAUGGAGGUGGCCUGCCAUUCCGGGAUUGCAUAAGUUCAAGGGCAAGGUGUUGCAUAGCGCCUCUUGGGAUAGGAGGUAUGACACUGGGGGUAAGCGGGUUGCCGUCAUUGGUGCUGGUAGCAGUGGCAUACAAAUCGUACCUGCCCUUGUGGACAAGGUCAAGCAGAUGGACCACUACGUCCGCGGCAAAACUUGGAUUUCGAACCAGCACGGCGGUGAUCGCUUAGCAUCACGCACCAAUGGAAAAGGAGGAAACUUCGCCUAUACUGAUGAGGAAAAGAGGUCCUGGCAGGCUGACCCGGUAUCAUACAUUCAGUACCGCAAGGAGCUUGAACUGGAGAUGCAGACACUCUACGCCAAAUCACAGAAGGGGAGCGAUCUUCAAAAACUAGCCAAGAUCAAUUAUCAAGCUGACAUGAAGCGCCGACUGACGGAGCGGCCUGACCUUUUCACAGUGCUACUGCCUGAUUUCCCACCUCUCUGCAAGCGCCUUACACCUGGCCCGGGUUACCUGGAAGCUCUCACUUCGCCCAAGGUAAACGUCAUUACAGCGCCUAUCACUGCAAUUGACGAAACUAGUAUUAUAACUGCCUGUGGCACCCAUCGCACCGUUGAUGUUAUCGUCUGUGCCACUGGCUUCCACAUCGGGUCCGGGUUCCCCAUAAUUGGACGUGACGGGGUCAACCUCCGCGAGAAGUAUAGUCAACGUGCUCGUAGCUACCUUGGUCUAGCUACUGACGGGUUCCCAAAUUUCUUUCAGUCCUUGGGGCCUAAUUCGUUUCAGGGUGCUGGCAAUCUCCUGAUCAUGCUUGAGCAGGUUCAUACCUACGUGGGACAGGUCCUUUCCCGGAUGGCUUAUGAUAAUAUUGGCUUGGUGGAACCGAAGAAGACACAAGUUGACGCAUUUACGAAACUAUGUGAGGACUAUUUCCAACGAACGGUCUACAGUGAAGACUGCGCAAGCUGGUACAAGACCUCGCCGCUGGGAGCCUCUGAUGAAGAGCGAAAUCGCGGUCGGGUAACCGCCUUGUGGCCGGGAAGCAGCUUGCAUUAUAUCAAAACAUUGGAGAAAGUGAGGUGGGAGGACUUUGCGCUACAACCGUAUGACGGUAACAUUUUUGGUUGGUUUGGGAAUGGCUGGACUGUUGCUGAACAGCAACAGCAGAUUGAUGCAGCGGCGAUCACGUCGUAUUUAGAUCAUACGGAUUUUGUGGAUGAUGUAGAGAUCAGAUAG